UCAACUUAUUGAUUCUCUUGUUUCCUUUUCGGUCAGAUCUCUUUUACAUCAUCUUAAUCGUAUUCGGGUCAAUAAGAAAGAAAUGCCCAAAUUUCUUAAUUCGUAUGCUUCUUUGGUCAGCAUAUACUUCAGCAGAUUUGGUAGCUAUAACUGCACUAGGAAAUAUGGCGAGAAGCCAAGGUGAUGUGGAUAAUGAUUAUUCGAAACCAAGUCGUGACAUUCAAGCAUUUUGGGUUCCAUUUAUUCUCUUGCAUCUUGGUGGACCUGACACUAUCACUGCAUAUUCCUUAGAAGAUAAUGAGUUAUGGUUAAGACAUUUUUUAGUUCUUCUUAUCCAAAUUGGAAUUGCAUUUUAUGUCUUCAUAAGAUCUUGGAAGAAGACAACACUAACGUUUAUAGCCAUUCCACUAUUUGUCACCGGCAUUAUUAAGUAUUUAGAGAGGACUUGUGUUUUGAAGUCUUCAAGCUUUAAGCAUUUAAGAAACUCAUUAUUGUUCAAACCUCAAAUCAAGUAUGUGUUGGUCAAAGAGAAAGAAACUGAAAAGGAAGUGUUAAGGAGAGAGGUAAAGGAAGAAGAAAAUACAUUAUUAACUCACGAAAAGGUUGAGCCAAACAGCAAUUAUCUUUGUCAGGCUUAUUACUUAUUUAAGAGAUCCAGGUAUUUGUUUGCAGAACUUAUCCUUGACUACUAUGAACGUGUGGAGAGUUACUCCAUCAUUCAUAAUAAGCAACCAAGUGAUGUGUUCAAGCUUAUAGAGAUCGAGCUUGGGUUUAUGUACGAUAAGCUCUACACCAAGGCAAGCUUUGUUUAUUCCUUCCCAGGAAUUUUUCUUCGUUUAAUUUGCUUUUUUUCCUCUUUAUCAGGAUUCAUCGCCUUUUCAGUUAAUGUGGAUGAUCAUGAUUACCCAUUAAUUGACAUUAAAAUAACUUACAUACUCCUAAUCGGAGCUAUUAGUCUUGAGAUUUAUGCAUUUGUUGUGCUCCUUUUAUCAGACUGGACACAUUGUUGGCUCGCCAAACAGGAAAAAAUAAAAACUUUAAAUUCAUAUCAAUUGCGAAAGAGGUGGUCAAGAUCAAUGGCACAACAUAGCCUAAUAAACUUUUGUUACAGGUUAUAUGGAGAAAAUAUGGAUUGCAAGUGUAUAACUUGGAAACCUGUCAAACAAGACUUGCUGACUUUAAUUUUUAAACAAGUUUUGCAGAAAAGUAGCACAAUCAGUUAUGAUCGAUACGAUCUUGAGUUGUGCAAGAAGUUCUUGUCUCAAAGAGGUGAUUAUGUACUUGGAAAAAGGAAUUGUUUGGAUGAAUUUUCUUGGAGCACAAUCAAAGUAGAAUUUGAUCAUAGUCUACUUCUUUGGCAUAUCGCUACUUAUCUUUGUUAUGUAGCUGAUUUUCCUAAAAAAGCAAAUCUCAAAGUUAUAGAACCGAAUUGCCUAAUUAGCAAAUACUUAUCAAACUACAUGAUGUAUCUACUUGUUGAAUGUCCAUUUAUGCUUCCCAAAGGUAUUGGUGAGAUAAGGUAUAAGGACACAUGUACAGAGCUUAUAAAAUUUCUUGAGCUGAAAUUUGAGUUAAAAGGAUUUCCUGAUCAUGAAAGGGAGGCUUCAAAGGCAUUGCUACAAGUGGAAUUUGAUAAGUCAGAAGAUGAAAGAGGAGACCAGAGUAAAUCAGUUCUAUUUGAUGGGUGUAAACUUGCAAGGCAGCUACAGUCCUUAGAAGCUCGACCAGGUUGGGACAGAAAACAAAAAUGGGAGAUGGUAAGUGAAGUAUGGGUAGAAAUGUUAGCAUAUGCAGCCAACCAUUGUGGGUGGAAAGAGCAUGCACAACAGCUCACAAAUGGUGGAGAAUUGCUCACCCAUGUUUGUGUUCUUAUGGCUCAUCUUGGCUUGAGUGAACAAUAUCAGCUACAAAAACAGUACAUCAAACGAAUGGAAAUGCCUACUUGGGUGUGCUAUGUUUGUGUGCCUUCACUAUGUAUUUGUAUUAUCAUUGUUGAAACUUUCAAAUUAGGAAAGAGAUUUGUGAUUAGCGUAACUAGAUUAGUAAGCUUGAUGAAUCGUAUUAACUGUUCAAAAGCUAAAGUAUAAGAUCAAUUUGUAUCGCUGAAUCAACUUUUUUCGGCACAUUAUUUCAUUGAUGGUUUCUGGUUCUGUAGCCAAGCUUUACAGACGCUACAACCACCAUAAAAAGAGAAAAAUAA